AUGUCUUCAACAGAAAACCCUAACAAUGGUAACAGAAACUUCCAUCGUUACUGGUGUUAUCAAUGCCAUCUCAUCGUUAGGGUAUCACCGGAAAACCCCUCGGAGAUCAUCUGUCCUCGUUGUUUCGGUCACUUCCUCUACGAAAUCGAUGAAGCAAACCCUGGACAAAUCUUAGACUUCACUGCAUUUGAUCCUUCUCCAGAAGCUAGAAUUCUCGAAGCUCUAACUCUCAUGCUCGACCCUAAUUUAUUCAACACCUCUCAAGGCAAUGUAGUCCCUAUUUUCCGUCGUUCAGACGGAACUGAAACUCUCGUACCACCACCUACACGUGGACGGCAUGAGAGGACUCGAAACUUCUGGUUAAGGCCGAGAAGGAGAUACUCAUUUCUAAACAACGACACAGAUGAAUUUACACCAGAGAGCGGAAUCCUAGCACGUCCACGCUCAUGGAUUGUCAUCCGACCAUCCGGUGGACCUGACCGCAGAGAAAGAGAGCGGUUAGGUCCACACGAAGUAAAUAAUAGUAGAGAUUAUUUCACAGGUCCGGGUCUUGAAAACCUAAUAGAAGAGUUAACACAAAAUGAUCGGCCGGGUGCUGCACCAGCACCCGAGCCAAUCAUUAAUUCGAUUCCGAAGGUGGUGAUUGUGGCAGAACAUUUAAAAGAUGAUUCAGAAUGUCCGGUUUGUAAGGAAAAAUUUAAAAUAGGUGGUGAAGCAAGAGAGUUACCAUGUAAACAUAUAUAUCAUUCGGAUUGUAUUGUCCCUUGGUUAAGGCUACAUAAUUCUUGUCCGGUUUGUCGGAAUCCGUUACCGGUUUCUUCUGAAGCUCAGAUGGAUAGUUCUGAUGAUUGUCUUGAAGUAGAAGAAAGGAUGAACAGACAGCGGCGUUGCUUCAGACUUAGACAAAUGGCAGCUUCUCUUUGGCCAUUUCGUUCGAGGUAUCGUCCUAUGCGUAACCAUGAUGAACCAUCGGUGUCGUCGUCAUGUAAUAUUCUUUAG